AUGGCGUGGCCCUGCAUCAGCCGCCUGUGCUGUCUGGCGCGCCGCUGGAACCAGCUGGACCGCUCCGACGUGGCGGUGCCUCUCACCCUGCACGGCUACUCGGACCUCGAGAGCGAAGAGCCGAGCCCGGUGGCCGCCGCCGCCGCCGCGCGCAGGGGCCCGACUCCCGCAGGCGCCCGGGACCCCGGCCGGGACGUGCCGCUCACUCAGUACCAGCGGGACUUCGGCGUGUGGACGGCGCCCGCGGGGCCCAAAGAUGCGGCGCAGGGGCGCGGGGCCGGGCCGGGCGGCCGCAGGGGCAAGUCCUCCGCGCCCGGCGCCCGGGGAGUCUACGUGCUGCCCAUCGGCGACGGGGACGCGGCUGCCGCGGCCACCACGUCCUACAGACAGGAAUUCCAGGCUUGGACUGGAGUGAAGCCCUCGAGAUCCACCAAGGCAAAGCCAGCCAGAGUCAUCACAACCCACACGUCGGAGUGGGACGGCGGCCCCGGGGCCGGCUUCCAGGUCCCGGAGGUGAGGAAAAAGUUCACCCCCAACCCCUCAGCCAUCUUCCAGGCGUCAGCGCCCCGGAUUCUCAAUGUGUGAGUGCGGUGCCCAGGAGUGGGGUCAGGACCCACGGCUGCCAGCGGCACCACCUGGCCUCCCGCUCCCUCUCCUCCUCCCAGAAGGCCGAGGAAGGCUUCGCAGGGGUGUCUAACUGCCGCGUGGCCGUCCCGCAAGGCUUCAGUGUGAGCAGUCCGAGGGUCUGCCUCGCCGGGAACUGCACUGGCCCGGGGGGCUGAGGACCAUAGACGUGCCAGGCCCCCGAGAAGCCCACCAGGGCCCAUCCUCGGUGACUCUCCCAGGAUGCAUGAUGGCUUUAAUUCUAGAACCUACGGGAACCCGAGCUGCUCACCUCGCAUCUGACUACACAUGACCCCACGUGUAGGCUGAAAGAAGUCUUAGCACCUGCAGGUGGCCCCUGGUGCUGCUGGGUAACAGGUUUUCGGAGGAAACAGGUGUCCGCCAGGGCUCGGACUGCAGACAUCUCCUCACAGCUAAGAUGACCCUCAGGUUUCAUCAUCUCCAGCGCUGAGUGCCUCGGGUUUGAGGCUGACCCCCGCGUCCUGGGACUCCCCCGUACCGGAUGACUGCACCUGCAGCACUCUGGCUGGGAACUGGAAACUUUCGGGGAAGGAGGAAGCAUCCAACUUCUUCCCUGAAGGGCUCUGACCCUCGCGCCUGCCCUGCUCUCAUGCCUGCCGGCCGGGAGCAACUUGUCUUGUCUUGUGUCAUUCGUUAGAUCUGGCUUAUGAAGAGACCCCUCCCACUAACUUCACGUCUGAGCAAGGCUGAACAGCACAGUGAGGGACACGAGGAGCAAGACAAGUGUCAGGUACGUGCUGCUACCCAUCCCCAGCAUUGCCUUGGAAGUAGUGACCACUGAGAAGGGGCCUAGGGUAACUUAUAUUUUAUUAUACUUAAAGUUCUAGGAAGUAAUAAGCAUUUUUGUAUUCUGUAAGGGAAACGUCUUUAAAAAGUUCAAUCUGUUAGCUAACUUCAGACAAAAGGAAAUGCGCACCACUUCACAACCACAACCACCACUGCAGUAGUGGCCUCCACCAGCCAUGGGGUGCACCCCCCAGGGCCCUUCCACGAGUCAACGGGGGCUCACGGUCAUUGAGACCAACGUCCCGCCUCUUUGCUCCACGGCAAACUUCAGGACUUCAAACCCGCUCACCAAGGUCAAGAAGAUCCCAGAGCUGCCUGCCGGUACCACUCACGCGGGUCCUUCCAUGCAAGUCCCCACCGCAGCUGCCCGUGACUGUGGCCUUGGCUCUGCAGUGUCCGGCAAGCCCUCCCCAGUCAGCUACCGCUCAGCGAGGGAAGCCUAGGCCCGGCCCUCUUCUCAUGCCCAGGACUGUUCAGCUCUCCCCGGCUCGCCCUCCGUGCACUGUGUGCAUUGCCUCCUCAGGAAUUCUCGCCUUCUAAGAGCCAAGACUUGCAGAGCCUCUUGGCAGCUCGUCUCUGCUGCUUUUCUGACUCCAGCCACAGGCUAGCAGAUGGCCCCAGCAUAAGGACCGUGUCCUGGGAGCACCUUCCUCCAGGCCUCGGCACAGCCAGACCUGCUGGCGUGGUUCUCUAACGCAGGGGCUGUUUCCCUCUGCCUUGGCUCUGAGGUAGCUGGGCGGGAUUAUGCAGUCUGCCUUGCCCAAGCUGUCAGGGAUAAUUAUGUCCUGAGUAAACAUGUACCUUCCAGUUUUUUUUUUUAAAACAGAUAUUUAUGUAACUGUAAUCCUUUAUCCUGCAUGGCUGCAGAUCCAUCCUGGAAAGAAUUUAAAGGAUCAAGUAGGAGCUCCUUACCUGCACCCCGCCCCCAUCUCUGACCUCCCUUAUGCAGAAGAGUGAGGUAACUUCUUUAGGCUUCCAUGCCUGUCAUAAACGAAUUUGUUCUCUCGCGGACCACACCGGCCACCUGGGCUCCCAGCACUCGCC